AUGCAGAUACUUCAAGAACGAGACUCCUUUCUCUCCAACUUUGAAGUUGAACAACACCUCAAAAACAUCAAACGCAAAUACAACUGGUCUUUUCCCGGUGACGAAACGGAACAAGAUACAGAACUGCAAGCACAGCAAAACCACCAAACUGAUGCUGCCAGUAGAAAUGGGACAAAUAACAAGAGAAACGUGAAACAGAAACCUAGAUUCACCGAAUGCGGUAUUGAUCUCGAAAUCAUCACCAGGGAUGUAUUAUUGAUGAUGAAAAACAAUAGCAGCAACAUCAACAAUGCAAGUGCCACACCAGACAAUGCAAUGACAAACACUAAAUUCAAAGAACUAAUGCAAUUCUUGAACAAGUAUGAAUUGAUGAAAGUUGAGAAAUUGCAAAUCAUGAACUACUUACCCAGAGAAUUGGUAAUAUUGACCACAUUGGUAGAGGAGUGCGAAGAGAGAUUUGGCGAAGAAGGAUGCGAAGAGAUCAUAGCAAAAAUAAGACAACUAUUCCCAGUUGAAGAAGAAGAGGAGGAGGAGGAAGAAGAAGAGGAGGAAGGUGUACAAGAAGAUGCUGAAAUGGAAGAGUAA